AUGUCCUCGUUUCAAAAUAAAUCGUUAAGACAAACGCAAAAGGGAAACGAGACACUCCACUCUGUGAAAAAUGGUUGCAUACACGGGCCCAUAAAGGAAAUAAACAAAGGAUUAAUAAAACAGUUGAUGCAUAACAGCAGAGCUUUCGAAUCAAUCGCCAUUUUGUUAAGCUAUUGCACCAACGACUUGGACGCCUUUUCAAUGCCGCAUCUUAAGAAAAAAUUAGAAAUGGAAAAGGAAAAAUAUGUGAAAGCCGAGACGGACAUAAAAGAUCUACAAUCGAGAUUGAUGAGGGUGAGACAAGAACUCAACGAUAAAGAAGUUGUCAUAACGGAAUUGAACAACGACAAAAUAACGUUGGGAGAGAAAAGUGAAAAAUAUGAAAAACUAGUCGAAGAAUUAACGAGCAAGUUGGACGCGGCGUCGGAGGAAAAACUUGCCGCGGAAAAUACGCUUUUGGAAAAAUGCGAAAAUUUAAGGUGCCUCAAAAGAGAAUUGAGUAUUAGGACUGAUAAAUUGGAAAAUGAAAAAGACAGUUUAGUUAAUUGUUUGUCGGAAGUUAAAAAGGAAAAUGUCGUACUCAAAAGUGCUAACAGAGAAAUCAAAGAAGAGUACGAUAAGUGUUUGUUAGAAAACCAAAGAUUAGUGGAACAAAUAGCGAGGAGGAGGAGGGAAAACGAAGUGAUUCGAAUCGGAAAGGAAAAUCACGGUGGGGAAGGAGAGGAAGAUGUUUUCGCGAGAGGGCAGAGGCAGAGGAAAAACAGUUUAAAAGAAAAAUCACCGGAAAGAUUAACGACGAAUUGUCAAAACGGUUGCGAAAAAUCAUUUGGGAAAAUCAUUGUCGCGAGUUCAUCACCGACCGCGUUCAAUCCGAAUUGUUUGGAAAGCGAAAUAGAAUCUCUUCGUCAAGUGUUGGCGCUCAAAACGGACGAAGUCACGGAAUUGAGGAGGCAGGAAUUAUCAUUGAGGGAAAAUGCGGACAGAGUGCCAAAAUUAUUGUCCACCAUUACGAUGCUAGAGGGAAAAGUGGAAGAUUUGCAGUCUCAAUUAUCUAGUCAAACGGAAACCGUCAGGGAUUUAUUUAAGAGUAACGAACAUUUAGAAGAUGAAUUAAAAUCCGCAAACAUUCAAAAAACUCGUCUGACUCAUAAAAACGAAGAAUUGCAAUACAAAUUGAAACAAUACGCGGAAGCAAUGAAACAAUUGGCAACGCAGAAAAACCUUUCGGAAAAAAGUAUAAAAUCCGAUAACUUGUCAGUAAAAUCAAAUUUGAAAAAAUCAGACGUGAGUUUAGACGAUUCAGUUAAAUCACAAAUGAAAGGAGUCGUGGAAAAAAGCGAUUCCGUGUCGUACAUGUUGGAAAUGACGGAAGAUUCCUCGGAAAUCGUCACCAACAUAAUACGAAGAGCCGAAAGUCUUCGUUCGACGUCAAAGGAUCAUCAUCAAGGUUUGGCAAAAAAGAAAAGAUGUAAACCGUCGACGUCGUCGGCGGUGAGUUACGUGGAUGCCUCGUCGAUAAAACGUAAUUUAUCCGUCGAAGAUGAUUUUUCACCAAGUUCGGCAUCGACUCCGAAACCGAAUCCGUCGGAAUUGGACGGAUACGACAGACGCGUCGCGUCACUAUCAAACGACAAUAAAUACGAUUCGAAUCGGGAUUGUCCGUCACCCUCGCGUCACCUUCACCCCUCGUAUUCCGCGAAAAAACACGUUAAAUUAAACGAAGAUGAUUUUUCAACGUCGCUCAUUGAUUUGGGUCCGGGUGACGAGAAUUGCGAAAUAAUUGAAAUAACUAAAAAUUUCGAUAAAACGACGGAUAAAAACGAGGGCGAUGAUGGCGACGCCAUGAUGAUGAUGAUGAUGACGACGAGCACGAGUUCGACGGCGAGCACGAGUUCGACGUCGAACGGAAGUCAUUUCGAUAUUGAAUCCGACGUUUUCACAAAUUUGGAUCAAAACGAUCGAAACGACGUCGGGGAUCCGGACGAGGAAACGUCGGAAAAUUCGGAAAUACAAGAAAACGGUUCUUCGUCGAUGAUACGAACGUACAGGAGGGAAAAGGAAAACAUACAACCCGUUUUACCCGUUUACACGGAUUUAGAACCGAGUCCAAUAGAAAAUCAUCAUUAUUCGAAUUCGAAAACUCCCGCCAACGUCGGCGGGGGUCCCAUUCACAAUCAAUACAUGAGCAACGGUAAAAAUUUCGUCACGGGAAUACCGAAAAUAUCCGGCGGGGAGACAAUGAUCGGACUUUCGAGCGACGACGAAGAAAUAGAAAAAAUCAAAAGGAUAUACAACGAAUAG